CAUUUCGAGCCCUGACAUAUGUACAUGUGGCUGGCUGUGGACACAAAGUUAUCAAGUUCGAAUGAAAAACUCGAUGCAUUAGAGGGAAAUAAGAAGAAAAGGCUAACAGCUACGAGUGCGUGCUUCGAUGCUUAAUCAUCUUUGUUGCAUGCGAUCGACGCUGAGAAAAGUUGUUGCCACUAGUUUUACCGAUAGUUUUUGCAAAUUUGCCGACAAGUAUAAGUUUUCGCGAGUUUGCGCUACAGCCGGUAGCACCCUAACCUCCGCAUUUUCACCUUUGUUUUACUCUUCGCAAAGUGUACAUUGUUAUUCUUGCAUAAGAGUUUCCCGCGUUCAUACGACAUCAAGCCGUUUCACUUCCCAUUGUCCAAAAAUCAUGAGCCCAACAACGAGCACAAAAUUCAAUUAUCCAAAAGCUCGUCGUGACGAGACUGCUGUUGACAUUUAUCAUGGCAUGAAGAUAAACGAUCCGUACAAAUGGCUCGAAGAUCCAGAUUCCGAAGAGACAAAAGCGUAUGUCGACGCUCAAAAUGCUAUUACUUUUCCAUUUAUAAAUGCAUGCCCCAAGCGUCAAGCUAUCCAUGACCGAUUAAAACAGCUUUGGGAUUAUCCUAAGUAUUUAUGUCCUAUAAAGAAAGGGGAUAAAUACUAUUUUUACAUGAAUACCGGAUUACAAAAUCAAAGUGUAUAUUAUGUACAAGAUUCGUUAAAUGGCGAGCCAAGAGUCUUUCUCGACCCUAAUACAUUUUCUACAGAUGGAACCGUUGCUAUUGCAAAUGAAGAAUUUAGCGAAGACGGGAGUAUAUAUGCUUAUGCCUUAUCCGCUAGUGGAUCUGAUUGGAAUACUAUUCACUUUAUUAAUACAAAAACUGGUGAAAAAUACCCUGAAGUUCUGGAUAAAGUAAAAUACUCGUCGAUAACUUGGUCGCAUGACAAUGUUGGUAUUUUUUAUGCUUGUUAUCCCGAGCAACGUGAAAAAGCAGAUGGCUCCGAGACCUUUAUUAACCGAAAUCAAAAACUGUGUUACCAUAAAGUUGGCAGGCCUCAGUCGGAAGAUGUAGUAGUAGUUGAUUUUCCCGAUCAUCCUUUAUGGAGAAUAGAUGCGCAUGUCACAGAUUGUGGACGAUGGCUUAUUGUUUUGCCACAACAGGAGUGCCGUGACAAUCUAGUCUUCUUUGCCGAACUUGAUAAAGAAAAUGACAUUAAAGGAAAACUGGAAUUAACAAAAGUAGUUGGAACUUUAGAAUCUGACUAUGAUUAUGUAGCUAAUUUUGGCUCAAAGGCUAUUUUCAGGACGAAUAAAAAUGCUCCUAAUUUCAAAUUAAUAGCUACUGAUUUGGAAAAUUUCAAAGAAAAUAAUUGGACCGAAUUAAUAGCAGAACAUCCGAAUAAUGUCUUAGAUUGGGCAUCGGCAGUUGACGGAGACAAACUUGUUGUUUGUUAUAUCGAAGAUGUUAAGAGCAUUUUAGGAGUUUACAGUUUAGAAACUGGAAAGUUACUUAGACAGUUACCGUUAGACGUAGGAACCAUAAUUGGUUUUUCUGGAGAUAAAAAGUACUCUGAAAUAUUUUACCAAUUCACAUCUUUUCUAACUCCUGGAAUAAUUUAUAGAUUAGAUCUUAAGAAUAAUGAAGAAUCUCCAAAGGUGUUUCGUGAAACUAAAGUUAAUGACUUUGAUGCAAGUUUGUACAAAACUACUCAAAUAUUCUAUUCUAGUAAAGAUGGAACAAAAAUACCAAUGUUUAUUGUACACAAAAAAGACACGGUGUUAGACGGUUCAUCUCCUGCUUUCCUAUACGGAUAUGGAGGAUUUAAUGUCAGCAUUCAACCAACGUUUAGCGUCACACGACUAGUCUUUUUACAGCACCUCAAUGGUGUUUUAGCUAUUCCAAAUAUUCGUGGUGGAGGAGAGUACGGUGAGAAGUGGCACAAUGGUGGACGUUUUUUCAACAAACAAAAUGUGUUCGAUGAUUUUCAAUAUGCUGCUGAAUAUUUGAUUGAAAACCACUAUACAUCGCCGGAAAAAUUAAUAAUUCAAGGUGCCAGUAAUGGAGGCCUUUUAGUGGGCGCUUGUAUCAAUCAAAGGCCCGAUCUCUUUGGUGCUGCUAUCGCUCAAGUUGGCGUUAUGGAUAUGCUGAAAUUCCAUAAGUUUACCGUUGGAUAUGCUUGGACGUCCGAUUACGGUAGCUCGAAUGACCCUGAGCACUUCAAGAAUCUUUUGAAAUAUUCACCCUUGCACAAUGUAAAACCGCCUGCAAAUGGGAGACAAUAUCCUGCGACGUUACUUUUAACCGCAGAUCACGACGAUCGCGUUGUGCCAUUGCAUAGUUUGAAAUUAAUAGCAACACUUCAGCACGAGAUUGGAAGCUUGCCGCAACAAACGAGUCCACUGCUUAUUAGAAUCGAUGUCAAAGCCGGACACGGCAGAGGAAAACCAACAUCAAAAGUGAUCGAAGAGAGUACCGAUAUCUUAUCUUUCGUGGUACAAACAGUAAAUCUUGAAUUUAAAUAAAUAUAACUAUAAAUUUAUUAUGAGACUUUGGUCUG